CCAAAGAAGAAUAAAAUAUGUGGUUGAAUGGGAGGAGUCGCAAACGACGAUAGCGGCGGCCACAAACCAUAACUGCCAGAUGUUUUUCUUCGUCAGAACAUGGCUCUAAAAACAUAUUGGACGUUUGUGUUUUUCUUAUUGCAGCAGGUCGAUCUUUGCUGAAGAUGGUCAUCAUAAAUGAAAGGAGGAGUUUCUGAAAAGGGAGCAUUCAUGUCAAAGCCCUAUCAAGGUAGCUUCAUUUUACAGUAUCACCGGUUAUUAUAGACCCCUUCUGUGUUUGCAAACACUGCGCACGAGGGCGAUAUGCGCAAAAUUGGUGGCGAACAAGGGGAGUUCUUAUAGAACGCGAACAAAAAAGCCUCUAUUUACAUCUAGUUUAUAAGUGCAUUUCACACUACUUGGAUAUAAUUGGAUUUUAAGGCUCGUAGGAAUUUCCUGCUUAAUAUAAUGUUUGUGUCACAUCGCAAAUCAUUGCAUAUACUUAAAAAAAACACUUAAACCUCAAACCAGUAAAAUGGCUGACUAGCUUUUGCUACAGCCUAUAUCAAUGAGUGUUAGCAUUCUAGCUAACAUCUGCUGCUUCCAAAAUAGUGAAUUUGCAAAUAUCACAACCAAAUAUAAUCUUAGCGACUGUUCAAGCAAAAUCAAAACAUCAUUGUACAUGCGACAUUGCAACAACGUUAUACUGACUGUUAAAUGUUGAUGGUCAUAAGAUUAUUUUUUCCUCCCACUCCAUCAAUAGGCUAUGUAGGCUACAGCUUGUUUUAUAUGUCAGUUGUCCCUCAGUCUAUUCUGUGUCGUAUGUGUUACAAACAACAUUCUAAUAUAAAGUGUGUGUGUUCAGGUGUGGGUUCCUCCAGCUCCUCCCAUUGGGAAUUGAUGGGCGACGCCAUGGUACCACAGAUCAGGUGCGCCUCACAUCUGACAUGCAGAGCAAGCAGGGGGCAGUGUGGAGCCGCAUUGUGAGUAACCUACAGAACACUGCACACUGUUUUAUGUCUACAUAACUGAUACUGAUUCUCUCUAUGCAUAUCACAUUUUGCAUGGCUUGUCUAAAUGGUCAUAUAUAUGUGUUUGUGUGUCCAGCCCUGUCACCUAAGGGACUGGGAGUUACAAGUGCACUUUAAGAUUCAUGGCCAAGGCAAGAAGAUCUGAACGGGGAUGGACUGGCAAUUUGGUACACCAAGGAGCGCAUGCAGAAAGGUACUAUCCCCACAAUGUAGUUCCAACAGAAAUAUCAUAGCGUCGGUGCAUUGUAACUGUCUAAAUGUAUUUCUGUUGUGUAGGUCCUGUGUUUGGAAACCAGGACCUCUUCACAGGGCUGGGUGUGUUUGUGGACACGUACCCCAAUGAGGAAAAACAUCUAGAGGUAUUGUGGAUAUACCCGCCGGCCUCUUCUAUGUGUUUCUGUGGAGGGAAGGAGUAGCUACAGUACUGUUCCAUGUUAUGUCACAUUAUAUCAUAGGGCUUUUAUCUCAACUACUUCCUGUUGUUUUUUUUUCACUCAUUGUACUGUCUGGCAGGGGGUGUUUAUUUAUGUGUCAUAUCCUGUCAAAUCGGGGUUUAAAAUGUCCUGAUCUUCCUGUGCUCCGAGAGGGGCUUUAGACAACUGAAACUCAACACAUCCUACCUCAAUACAGACUUGAGUCAUACAGCAAGCCAAUACAGUGGAAUAUUUGAGGUUUUGUUGGAACGGUUGCUUGGCAGGCUCACAGACUUGUGUAAAGGGCCUUGUCUUGUGUUGUGCUCCUCUGUUUUGUGCAUCCCUAUGGCGACAGGCGCAGAAGACGAGGUACACACACGCACACAGGUACCCAUUGUUUGGACCCCAACUCUUAUACCAAAAGCCUCCCAUACCCCUCUCCUUAGCCACUCCCAUCAACCCCUAAUGAGCAUGCUGCCCCAUGUUGUUGUUGGUUACUACCCAGUAACCCAAAUUUUUUGCACCUUGAGUGUAAUUAGCAUUUUAAUUACUAGGGAAUCAGGCAAAGGAUAAGGUGACUCUCCCAAAAGGCAAAUUUUACCAGCAGGAUUGUACUGUUGUAAAUGCUGUAUAUUUUACUGUUCUCCUUCUCUCUCACGUUUUCUGUGUCUCACUCCUUUCUUUUUUUACACCUUCCACCAGAGAUCUUCCCUUUGUGUUGGCGAUGGUGGGAAUGGAAGCAUUAGCUACGACCACGAACGAGACGGGCGUCCCACUGAGCUGGGUGGCUGCAACGCCAUGGUGCGCAACCUCAAAAACGACACUUCAUCUUCAUCAGAUACGUCCGCCGCAGGCUCACGGUGAGAACACACACAGACACACAUUUUAAAGGCUCUAUGAAAAAAUCAUAGCCAAGUUAUUGUGUAUAACUUUGUAAUAACUAUAUAAUAAUAAUGAUGCAAUCCGAGAUGCAUAUUGGGUCACUCUGGAGUCUGAGAAAACAGUCAUGUUGAAGUGAAUUGUUUCAACAAACAUGUCAGGUAUAUAUGAUGUCUUGACUGUACUAGGUAGUGCCUUGGCAUACCCUGUUAAGCAUACUCUCAAUUUCUAUCUCCACUAGAUUAUGAUUGACAUUGAUGGGCAGCAUGAAUGGAGGGACUGCCUGGACAUACCAGGGUACGGCUGCCCCAGGGGUUACUACUUUGGAGCCUCUGCCAUCACUGGAGAUCUCUCUGGUAGUACUCCCUCUAAUGUGAUUCAAUAGUAGUUUAAUGAAAUGGCAUUUACAUGGACUUUUUAUUGCCUAUGAAUUAUCGCCUAGUUUUCAUUUAUUUCCUACUUGAUGGUGUUCAUGAGGUGUCUAUUUCCAGUGAGAUGUCCAUCCAGAUUAUCUCUAUAAAAAUGUUAUUAACUCAUUGUGACCACACUGCCCAGAAUGAAAUCAUGUGAUACAUAAGUCCAAUUCAGGGGGAAAUAGUCUAAUAGGAAACUAAGAUAUUGGCAUAGAAUACAUAUAGAAUAAUACACUGCUCAAAAAAAUUAGGGAACACUUAAACAACACAAUUUGUAACCCCAAGUCAAUCCCACUUCUGUAAAAUCAACUGUCCACUUGGAAGCAACACUGAUUGACAAUAAUUUCACUUUGCUGUUGUGCAAAUGGAAUGGGACAACAGGUGGAAAUUAUAGGCAAUUAGCAAGACACCCCCCAAUAAAGGACUGGUUUUGCAGGUGGUGACCCAGACCACUUCUCAGUUCCUAUGCUUCCUGGCUGAUUUUUUGGUCACUUUAAAUGCUGGCGGUGCUUUCACUUUUAGUGGUAGCUUUGAGACGGGGGUCUACAACCCACACAAGUGGCUCAGGUGUGAAGUCAUCCAGGAUGGCACAUAAAUGCGAGCUGUGGCAAAAAGGUUUGCUGUGCUGUCAGCGUAGUGUCCAGAGCAUGGAGGCGCUACCAGAAGACAGGCCAGUACAUCGGAGACGUGGAGGAGGCCGUUGGGGGCAACACCCAGCAGCAGGACUGCUACCUCCGCCUUUGAAAGGAGGAGAGGAGGAGCACUGCCCGGGAGCCCUGCAAAUGCCCGCCAGCAGGCCACAAAAUGUGCAUGUGUCUGCUCAAACGGUCAGAAAGACCCCAUGAGGGUAUUAUGGGGGCCCCGACGUCCACGGUGGGGGUUGUGCUUACAGCCCACACCGUGCAGGACGUUUGGCUUUUGCCAGAGAACCCCAAAGAUUGGCAAAUUCGCCACUGGCGCCCUGUGCUCUUCACAGAUGAAAGCAGGUUCACACUGAGCACAUGUGACAGAGUGACAGAGUCUGGAGACGCUGUGGAGAAAAGUUCUGCUGCCUGCAACACCUCAGCAUGACUGGUUUGGCGGUUUGGGGCAGUCAUGGUGUGGGGUGGCAUUUCUUUGGGGGGCCGCACAAACCCUCCAUGUGCUCGCCAGAGGUAGCCUGACUGCCAAUUGGUACCCAGAUGAGAUCCUAGACCCCUUGUGAGACAAUAUGCUGGUGCGGUUGGCCCUGGGUUUCCCCCUAAUGCAAGACAUGCUAGACCUCAUGUGGUGGAGUGUGUCAGCAGUUCCUGCAAGAGGAAAAGGGAUGAUGCUAUGGACUGGCCGCCCGUUCCCAGACCUGAAUCCAAUUGAGCACAUGGGCAUCAGUCUCGCUCCAGGUGCUUUAGUCCAGGUCUGGGAGGAGAUCCCUCAGGAGACCAUCCCCCACCCCAUCAGGAGCAUGCCAGGCGUUGUAGGGAGGUAUCAGGCACUGGAGGCCACACACACUAUGAGCUCAUUUUGACUUGUUUUAAGGCAUUACAUCAAAGUUGGAUCAGCUUGUAGUGUGGUUUCCACUUUUAAUUUUGAGGGUGACUCCAAAUCCAGACCCCAUGGGUAGAUACAUUGAUUUCAUUGAUAAUUUCUGUGUGAUUUUGGUUGUCAGCACAUUAACUAUGUAAAGAAAAAGUAUUAAUAAGAUUAUUUCAUUCAUUCAGAUCUAGGAUUGUUAUUUUAGUGUUCCCUUUAUUUUUUUGAGCAGGUAAUAUAGUACUUUCAUAGGACUUCUGUGGAUUCUUAUUGUAUUUGGUUCCUUUAAGGUGCUUUUGCUGCAGUUUGCUUUAAUGACAGAAACAUUCUGUUCCUCACAGACAAUCAUGAUGUGUCUCCCUGAAACUGUACCAGCUGACGGUUGUUACGUAGUGAGACAGAGGAAAAGAGGAAAAGAGGAGAUCACUCUACCCAGUGUAGAUAACAGGGACCUACUAAGGAGUAAGGAUCGCUAACCCCUCUCACACAAACAGAAGAGCAUACACAUUCAUUGUGUUACUCUAUUUUGGGUAACAUAGUUAUUCUUGUGAAAAGCUACGAUACAUACUAUAACCAACUCAGUGGCCCCUUUGGUUAGUGUCUGCCCUGGGUUUGGAAGGGUUGGGUGUUCGAUCCCUGAUCAUACCAAAAAAUACCUUUCUGCUUAUCACUCAGCAAAAAGGAGGAUUGGAGGUAAGGCCCUGGCUGCGAUAAUUUGCGUCCUGUCCAGGGCGUGUAAUUGUACCUCAAGCUGCCUCACGCUGUAGCAACAGGAUAGGCUCAUGCACCUAUGGGCCGCUCUGGGGGCCAAGCUUAUGCCUACUUAUUAGGGCCCUUGUCACUCUUGUCACCUCAAUGUUUACCUUUCUAUCCAUCUAACAUCUCUCUCUCACUCUAUCUCUCUGUCAGUGGGUGAGAAUGAAGAGGGGUGGAGUAAUAUUGCCAUGUUCUCAUCAUCCUCUUCUCCAUGCUGGGCUGUUUCUGCUCAUCGUGGUCGGCCUCAUCGUCUACAGCCACUGGAAUGAGAACAGACGCAAACGCUUCUACUGAGACGGGAGAGGAGAGGCCUCCCAUCAUAACCACUUUACUGCAGUCUGAGGACAAAACUGCCACUAAGACACUGAAGUACUGACGAGACUGAAGUGACUGACGAGACUGAGUGACUGACGAGACUGAAGUGACUGACGAGACUGAAGUGACUGACGAGACUGAAAUGAGAACAAGACGGAGACACUGACCUCCCAAUGUAACCAAUAUGCUGACAGACAGCGGUAGCCCUGGGACAACCACUAGUGAAUCCUGGAAAAGACUGAGCAGCGGAUGGAUGCAUUUAAACACUACAAGCAACAAACCAACACUGACCCCUGCAUAAGUAGAGAGACACUGAUACCUUUUUACUUCCUGUCCCCACCCCCAUCCUCACCAACCAGGCCUACUCUACACACAAAUAGAGAGCAUAUGAUUAGGACAUGUACUGAACAGCUUGAAAUGACCCGUGUUGUCAUGUCCAGCGGCUAAUUGGCCGGCAGGGGGGUAAUGGACAAAAUCUGCGAUGACACUAUAGCCAAAAUACUUAUUUAGACAUGCCCUAUCUGUGUGUGAAAUUUGGUGCCUCUUAUCACAAAAGACACAAUUUUUUUCCCCUGCUGGCUACACUGGACUCUGCAUUGCUGGUUUAGUUUUGUUGUCUUUUUGAGGGUCUGGAGAGAUGGAUUUAUCUGACAGAUGAGUUGUUUAGAAUGUCAAGGGACAAAGUAUCCGAUGUGUUCUUACUCAAACAGCCCACAUGACCAGCUCCCAUCAGCAGAACACUCUGGCACUUUUCUGCUUCGCUCUAGAAACAGCGUUGGGAUAGUUAUGUCUAUUUGCCUCUAUGGUGCUUGCAAUCAAUGUAAGUCUUUGUGCAUUUCAUGAUCAGACUGUUUUAAUUCUUCUCAUACUCCAUACAUAUUUGUUACUUGAAAGAUGUAUGGUUGCAAAUCAUUUGUUUUAUCGUGUCUUGUCAAAUUGAAUGUACAUAUAGUUACGUAGAGUGCUAUGAAGGUAAUUAAGGUCAUUUUUACACUCCGUUUGUCAUGAUUGAUUAGGUCGCUUGUUGAUUUUAUUAUUGUGUUAUGACCAUAUGAAAUGGAAAGGUGACCGAUCCCUCUCCCUUCAAGGUUGCAUGUUCUUAGGGGAAUUAUUUAAAUAGUUGCCUGUUACAUUUGAUUGUUCUAGUACACUGUUUUAACUUAAUUCACAUUGUCUGUGUCUUCUAAUUGUUUAUGUGUGGUGUACUCAAAUUGUAGUUAUGCGGAAGAGCACAAGUGAGGCUUUGCUGCAUCUCAUGUCUUCUUGUGGUUGACAAAGCUUUAUUUUCAAGCCACAGACACUUUGUUUCACUAUAAGUGUCAGGCUGUGCUGUACCCUUUUGUUGUUUUGUGUCAUAUUACCAAUAGCCCUAGCCAGGGGUAUGGAUUCCAGAACAAUGUGUAUGUUGCAGUUUCUCCCAGACUGAACUCAGUACGCAACCAAUAACAUUUCAAAGUCAUUUUAAGGAAUGAUAUAAUCCCUGCUCUGAAAGGGAUAGUUUGGAAAUGGAUACUGCAGACGCAAUCCAUUAUAAUUCCACAUGUUCUGAGAUAGAAACUCACCACUGAGCCUCACUGUAUCUGAACCCGGUGUUUUGUCUCCUAAUGAGCAAUGUUUGAAGACAUUGUUGCACUGCUCUCAAUUGCCCAUGCUUCCUUUUACCCCUCUUGUUAAGCCACCUUGUUCAGUGUGGGGUGGCAGGUAGCCUAGCCGUUAGAGCGUUUGGCCAAUAACUGAAAGGUUUCUAGUUCGAAUCUCCGAGCCGACUAGG